AUGAACCUCAUUUUAACAGUAUUUGCCAUCGGUGCACUCUAUAUCGCUAUUCGGCUGGUGUACAAUGUCUUCCUCCACCCACUCCGUCGCUUCCCCGGCCCUCUCACCAACCGGGCAUCCGUCCUCCCAAAGACAUAUCACCUUCUAAGCGGCACGCUCCCAUUUCAUAUCACAGACAUGCACAACAAAUAUGGCCCAAUCAUCCGUAUUGCACCAAAUGAACUAGCUUUCAUCAACCCACAGGCUUGGAGAGAUAUCUACGCCCGCAAGCCUGGCACACACGAACUUCCACACGACAUGAAAUACUACAAUGCCACGGACAUCACCACAACAUCUCUACUUAGCUCCCACCGAGAAAGUCACGACAUAACGAGGAAGUUACUAGCUCCGGGAUUCAGCGAGCGCGCAUUGAUGGCCCAAGAACCGGUCCUAGACACGUAUGUGUCUCUACUAAUGAGACGCCUACGUGAGAACUGCACCAACUCUAACGGCGAUUCCGUCCCUGUUGACAUGACAAAAUGGAUGGCCUAUACUACAUUCGACUUAAUAGGGAAUCUAGCAUUUGGGUCCGACUUUGGCUGUCUAAGCAGAAGCGGCUACCACCCGUGGGUUAAACUCAUCCUUGGAACAGUGAAAAACAUGAGCAGGAUACAUGCUCUCAAGGCACUCGGCAUUCUACGGGUAGCAAUCUUCUUUAUGAGAAAGUUGAAAGUUGGAGAAAGGGAGCUAGCUCUGCACGUAGAGUUGACCAAGUCCAAAACCCGGCAGCGGGUGGAGCUGGGAACCGGAAGAAAUGACUUCUUGGACGGCUUAAUCAAGAGUGGGAUGGCCAUGGACGAACUUGUAGAGAAUGGGAGUUUGUUAAUCGUCGCAGGGAGCGAAACAAGUGCCACCUUGCUGACGGGGGCGCUGUAUCUUCUCACCGCUAAUCCCGGCGUCAUGGAAAAGUUGAAGAACGAAGUACGGGGCUUGUUCGAGACGGAAGGCGACAUUACACUUACAACUGUGAAUAAGUUGUCCUACUUGACGGCCGUAUUACAGGAGAGUUUGAGGUGUUAUCCGCCAGUGGCGGGAGCAGCUCCACGACUUACACCUAAGGGAGGCGCAGAAAUCGCCGGGACGUUUGUACCUGCAGGCACGACAGUAAGUGUCUGGCAAUGGGCAGCGUAUCACGAUUCGGAAUACUUUGAGGAUCCAUACUCCUUCUGUCCAGAGCGGUUUGCCAAUCCUGGCGUGGGGAGGCAUAAGAAUGACAGGCUGGAUGUGGUUAAUCCGUUCUUGGUUGGGCCGCGGAACUGCAUUGGACAGAACUUGGCAUAUGCGGAGAUGAGGUUGAUUCUGGCGCGGUUGACCUGGGCGUUUGAUUUACGGAUUGAAGAGGAUGGGAAGGGCUGGUUGGAGGGACAGAAGAAUUAUUUGUUUUGGGAGAAGCCGCCUUUGCAGAUGUAUUUGACACCAGUGUGA